UUUCUUUGUUUCUGGGUUAUGUUCCCAAUGAGACUUUCUAGUUUCCUACUACUCGCUCACGAACUCCUCCUCCUCCGCCUUCUCCUCCUCCUAGGGAUGUCCGCAACCGGCAACCCAAAGUCCCGAACUCUCUCUCUCUCUCUCGUUUCUUCUUUCUACUGUGCAUAUAUAUCGUUUCUUCUUUCAACCGUGCAUAUAUAAAACGCUUUUAGGUAUCUCCUAUAUAAAUACCCGCCAAGCUCCAAAUGCACCCACUCCCCUAACACACAAUCCCAGAUAGAGAGAUCCUCGGCCCUCUCUCGUUCUUCUUCAUUUUCUCUCUCUCUCUCUCUCUCUCUCAUUUCUGCUAUCUCGGUGAUCGAUCUUCCAAACAAAAAGAACAAAACCCAUGUACACCACGAAUCUCAUGCUAUUCUUGUAACCAAUCGCCCAUUCGUCUUUCUCUCUUUCCGGCCUUGCAAAGAGCUGCAGUUGGUUUUGUUCAAUAAUGGCUGAAGUGGAUUACCAAACCUCCAAGCCAAAUAAUAGUACCAACAACAGCGUACGACUAAAGCUCUUUGGCUUCAAUGUAUCAGAAGAAGAUCAGGAGGUAGAUUCAAUCAAAACCAUAUCGGACUCGCCGGACUCCGGCGUUUUCCCUGUCAACGACGGUCGGAAGUACGAGUGCCAGUACUGCUGUCGCGAAUUCGCCAACUCCCAAGCAUUGGGUGGCCACCAAAACGCUCACAAGAAGGAGAGACAGCAGCUCAAGCGUGCCCAAAUGCAAGCCGGUCGAAGCGCAGCCGCUUCUUAUGCCCGUAAUCCGAUGAUAUCAGCCUUCGCGCGGCCGCCACACCUCCUUGCUAAUGCUACCUCUGCACCGGUGGUUGUUCCGGCAGCUGGAACCCAAUCUCCUCCCUGGGUCUACGUUUCGAGGGCGACGCCCCCUUUCCACGUAUCUCACGGUUGCUUGUUUCCUUCUGGUGCAACCGUGAAAGCCCCAGCGACGCUAGCGUACGCAGGAGGGGAUAUGGUGGGCUUGGGAGAGGCAAGGACGAGUGGGUUUCAUUCACAGGUUCGAGUUCGACCUCAUCAAUCUUCUUCAGCUACAGGUACAGGGGGGGUUGUCCCUCCGUUGAGGAGUCGGUUCCCCUCAGGCUCAGGAGGUGAUGGUGGACCCAGCUUCGACGAUGCCUUUGGCUUGGAUUUGCAGCUCAGCCUUGCGCCGGCUGCACCUUGAUUUAGGAGGAGGCUUCACUACUACUUUUGAAUUUAAUUUGAUCCAUUUUCCAUCCGCCUUCAAACUUGAAAUAUAUGGGCAAAGUAUAUAAAAAUACCAGCCACAACGAUUGGCUUCUUCCUCAGCUCCGAGGUUUCAUGUUUACUUGCCCAUAUGGAUCAUCUUGUACAUUUUUCAUCUUUUUUUUUUUUUUAAAGGAAAAAUUUUCUAGCUUA